GAGGAGGAGGCUGUGUUGGGAUUAGGGGGUUGGGCUGCCUGCUGGUCGGAAACCUGCCGCCACACUCCCAGUCUGUCUCCGCCGGAGCAGCGUCGCCUUCCCGCAGCAUCAGCACCAGCACCAGCAUCAACCUCCAGCAGCAGACUCCAGCAUCAGCACCAGACUCUAGCAUCAGCACCAGACUCCAGCAUCCUCUCCUCCUGCUGCCCACACACACAAACACACACACCACACACACAGACACACUGCCGCAGCGCACAGCAAGCAGACGGACAAGGACGAGCCUCUGAGCAGUCUUCGGGGAAAUAAGGGAGGAUAUAUAAGGCCGGGGGAAAGAUGGUGAAACUGGGGAGUAAUCUUCAAGACAAAGGGGCCAAACCUGUGAGCGUGGAGGACGGCUUUCAGAAUGUGCCCCUCAUCACCCCGCUGGACGUGGGCAGCCUCCAGAGCCAAGCACCUGACAAGGUGGUGGUGAAAACUCGCACCGAGUACCAGACGGAGAAGAAGAGACUGAAGGUUCCCAAGGUGGAGGAGUUCACCAUCAGCUUCACUGACGGGGUGUCCGAGAGACUUAAGGUGACCAUCCUGAUCAUCCUGGCACUGGCCUUCCUCGCCUGCAUCGUGUUCCUGGUGGUUUAUAAAGCCUUCACCUACGACCACGCCUGCCCAGAUGGAUUCAUUUACAAGCACAAGCGCUGUAUCCCAGCCUCUCUGGAGGCCUACUACGCCGCCCAGGACGCCAACUCGAGGGGCCGAUUCUACACAGUGAUCAGCCACUACAGCAUGGCCAAGCAGACCACCUCGCACUCCGUCUCCCCCUGGCUUCCUGGAGGGGUGGCGGGGCAGCAGCACGACGCCAAACCCCCCGCCAACGAGGGCCACUGAGCUAGCUGCCAUAACCGAUGUUGUACAAACGCAUACAGACAAAACGCAGACGGGACGACACAC